AUUAAAACAAAAGGCAGAGUGUCUGCCCGUUACUCGAUAUGGUAAUGUUACCAUGUGAUCCGUUCUUUCUGGACAUGAAUGAAUUUUGACUCCGAGCCAUUCCAGCUGGAGACUCCAUGUCGGGUUUUGAGAGGCUCUCUCAGCACAGACAGCUCCUGCAGACGGCAGCCUGCGUCGGGCUACACUGGCACUGUUUACUGGAACCCAGCUCCGCGCUGUUUCAACCAAGUGUCUGAGCGCCGUGAGCGGGAUCUUUCACAUAGUCCAACCGGGGGAGAAGAACCAUCUCAGGCGCUUUCGAGUCCUUUUUUCCCCUUUUCACCAUUCAGCGGAAACCGGAGAAGAGGCUCUUCGUCUUGCGUCUUUUUAAGCGGGACAAAGAUUUUUGGUGUGCCGCACAAGAACCACAACGCAUAGUCUCCAACGAACCGAGCUUCUCGUUUCUCUUCUUUAUUAUUGAACCCCCCCUCCUCCACCCCCACUCCCCCCAACCCCCCACCAAAAAGACGAGAGAGAGAGAGAGAGAGAGUAACAAAACGCUUAAACUGAAGUGUUUGACGAGUUGAGGACUGUGAGCACAUGCAACACCUUGCCAUGGAAGUGUGUGUCCGGUGCAGGGGAAUGUAUCGGCUGAGAGGGGAACCUGCCAACUGAUAAAGAGCCGAGCUGUCCCAGAUAAGGGGAGCAUGCAUCAAACCUGCAGAAUCUCUCUCUCCACCGCCCGCUGUCCUCCUCCGAGCUGCAGAACAGUCCCCGUCAGACUGUCUUUCAAACUACCUGCCAUCUCCCCGUUUUGAUUUCCUCCUCCGCCACUGACUUCUUCUUCAUUUUGAAACGGCCGUGUCUUGGGUUUGACUUUUCCUGACCAAAAAGCUGAGGAGACGAACGAUGACCAUCUUCCAGACCUGUUGCCUUGGACUUUUCUAGCCAACCGUCUGCCAUCACCCCCUCCGCCCCACCCUACCCAGCCCAGCCCCACCCCACCCAACUGCCAGAGACCAUCCACACUCCGUGAACCAUGAUGGCCUGUUCCCUGUGGAAACUCCUCACCAUCUGCUUGUGUACCAUCACGUUGGCUCAGAUACAUUCCACCGAGGGGUUCAGCCGUGCGGCCCUGCCUUUUGGCCUGGUUCGGAGGGAGCUGUCGUGCGAGGGCUACCCCAUCGACCUGCGCUGUCCGGGGAGCGACGUCAUCAUGAUCGAGAGCGCCAACUACGGCCGGACGGACGACAAGAUCUGCGACGCCGACCCCUUCCAGAUGGAGAACGUCAACUGCUACCUGCCCGACGCCUACAAGAUCAUGACACAAAGGUGCAACAACAGAACCCAGUGCAUCGUGAUCACGGGUUCUGAUGUGUUCCCCGACCCCUGCCCAGGGACCUAUAAGUACCUAGAGGUCCAGUAUGAGUGUGUGCCCUACAGUCCUUCAUGUUCGACCAGAAUAGAAGCAAGAAUCCAGAAUGUAUCGUAUCGCCACUGCCCUGAAGUGGAACAAAAAGUAUUUGUUUGUCCCGGGACGCUGAAAGCGGUGGGCGACACGUCCUUUCUGUACGAAGCAGAGCAGCAGGCCGGAGCCUGGUGCAAAGACCCACUGCAGGCCGGCGACAAGAUCUACUUCAUGCCCUGGACGCCGUACCGCACGGACACCCUCAUCGAGUACUCCUCCCUGGACGACUUCCAGAACUCGCGGCAGACGGUCACCUACAAGCUGCCGCACCGCGUGGACGGCACGGGCUUCGUGGUGUACGACGGCGCCGUGUUCUUCAACAAGGAGCGCACGCGCAACAUCGUCAAGUUCGACCUGCGCACGCGCAUCAAGAGCGGCGAGGCCAUCAUCAACAACGCCAACUACCACGACACCUCGCCGUACAAGUGGGGCGGCAAGACGGACAUCGACCUGGCGGUGGACGAGAACGGCCUGUGGGUCAUCUACGCCACCGAGCAGAACAACGGCAUGAUGGUGCUCAGCCAGCUCAACCCGUACACGCUGCGCUUCGAGGCCACGUGGGAGACGGCGUACGACAAGCGCUCGGCCUCCAACGCCUUCAUGGUGUGCGGCGUGCUGCACGUGGUGCGCUCCACCUACGAGGACAACGAGAGCGAGGUGAGCAAGAGCCUGAUCGACUACGUUUACAACACCAAGCAGAAGCACGGGGAGUAUGUGGACAUCCACUUCCCCAACCAGUACCAGUAUAUCGCCGCUGUGGAAUACAACCCCAGAGACAACCAGCUCUAUGUGUGGAAUAAUUUUUACAUCCUGAGGUACAAUCUGGAGUUUGGGCCGCCCGAUCCCGCGCACGGUAAGAAACUUGAUACUUGAUACUUUUUCUUCUUU